AUGUCUGGUAUGGACGCGGAGCCGCAUUCAAAAAGACGCAAGCAGGCCCAGAGCUUUUCUGAUUUUGGUGAUUCAGAUGAGGAGGAUGAUCCACAAGUUCAAGACACACUGCCCCGAGCAUGCCUGUGUCCACAGCGCCUACGCGGGCUAAGAAUGCAGCUUGUGCAAAGAGUGAACGAUGAUUAUUUCGCCAUGCUCAGAGACAUGAACAGGAAUGACUUUUAUUGGUUAGCCAUGGGCCAGUUGCCUGUGCGAGAUUGCAGAGUCCUGGAUCUUGGUGCCGGAACCGGAAUUCUUUCAUUAAUGGCAGCCAAGCUGGGUGCCAGGUCUGUCCUGGCUGUGGAGGAAUCAGCUGAUAUGGCAUCAAUUGUGAAGAAGAGUGCUGAGCACAACUGCUUUGAGAAUAUCAUUGUGCAUUCAGGUCACAGCACGUCAUUGUCUUUGGCUGAGGAUGACAGGGUUGAUGUCAUCGUCUCAGAAACUUUUGGCGUGCUUCUGCUGCAAGAGGGGUGUCUGACAUCUUUCAUCCAUGCAAGAGACCAUUUGGCGAAGCCUGGUGCAAAGAUCCUUCCUGCUGGCGGCGCCCAGCAUGCCAGAUUGCUGAGUUCCAGCACCCUUCGGUCGACAUCUUCAGCAGCUCCAGGUCGACCAGAUGUGCAGCAUGUUGACGCUCUGCGAGAUUCAGGACGAGUGCAGUUCUCGUUGCCUGGAGGAUUCAGUGUGAAUUCAUUGCCAGAUGCUUGUUGGAUGUCAGCCAGCAUUCCCAUCCUGGAGGUUGACUUCGCCUUGUCGACUCUGAAUGAUGUGCCUUCAUGUAGGGACUUCCAAGUUCGUGUUCUUGAAGACGGAGUGGUGGAUGCAAUCGUCACGUCAUGGGAAGCCUGGUCUGACAAGGACAAGACGAUGAUCCUCAGCACGGAGGCCGACAACACCAAGGGCAAGCCCUGGGGCUUUGCUCGCGAUGCACACUGGGGCCAAGGCUUUCAGGCAAUCGACCUCCUGCGACCUGAUGGGACACCUGACUCGCGGAGAUCGGUAAAACGAGGGGAGACGCUUCGCCUCGAAGCACGCUUCUCGCUUGACGGCGAGAGUUUGCAGUUCCGCUUGUUCCGGCUUGAUGAAGCUAUCCAGGCUGACACCGGCGCUGCCAGUGCGACACAGUUGUCGCAGAUGCAUGCAAACGAGCAACCGGAUGAAGUAAGCACUGCAAACACAAAGUGCAAACCUUGCAAACCUGCAAAGUGGCUUGCUGAUGCAGCACUUCCGUUGCUGUGUGAUACUGGUGGACCAAGCAUGGAUGCCAAGUAUGAGGAAGAUCUACCAUCGAACUUCGUGUGUUCCGAGCGACUACGUGGAAAGCGGUCUGUGUUUGUCCGGGCAGUAAACGAUGACUAUUUUGCUUUUCUGAGCAAUCCUGCACGGUUGAAUUUUUUUCGUGAAGCAUUUUCUGGAAUAGUUGAAGACAAGACCGUUGUGGAUUUGGGCACUGGAGCAGGUCAACUUGCGGCUCUUUGCAGUCAGAUGGGGGCAAAGCACGUUCUGGCUGUGGAUGCUUGCAGUGAGAUGUGCGAGCUUGCAAGAGAGACUGCAAGGCGCAACCGAGUCAGUCAGGCUGUGCAAGUGGCUCAUUUUCUCAGCAGCAGUCUCGCAUUGCCGGAUGACAAUCGGGCAGACGUUUUGGUUUCGGAGCCGUACGACCUCUUCAUCACGGGCCCUUCGGGGUCUGGGAGCUUGGAGUAUUUCAUUGACGCGCGCCAGCGACUGGCGAAACCAACUGCAACCCUGAUACCAAGCGGUGGUGCGCAAUAUGCUCGGCUGUUGAUGUCACAUGAUCUUGGAAUGCGCACAAUGUCAGAAACCGGCUCAUCCAAAGUUGGUCUUGACAACUUGUCCGAGUUCCUGGAUACCGUGACGUUGACUUCCUCCCGAACAAAGGGCUUCAGGUGGACCUGCCUGCCGGGCCUUACAUUCAUGUCAGGCAGAUGCUGCCUAUUCAGCCUGGACUUCUACAAGCUCAAACGCAGCAGCAUUCCGCGCAAGGCUGUCGUUGACGUACAGGUUCUGCAGGAUGGCUAUGUCGAUGCCAUUGCGACAUCUUGGGAGGUGUGGGCAGGUUCAGCUGGAGAGCAUAGAUUCGCAGCUCAUGCAGAGGAGACCGCACAUGAAGCAUGGGCAUUUAACAGUGACGUCGUAUUUGGUCAGGGUCUACAGCUCGUUGCAGAAGAAGGCCAUCAGUUUAAACCAUUCUGGGCCAGGCAGGGUGAGGUUCCGGCCUCGAGACUUUUUCUGCAUCUCCUUCGCCGGCUGCCGACCUUGGAUUCUGGAGAGUUCUGGUGCAUGAGGAGAGUUUUGUUCAUGUUGGUGGCACUGAUGUCUAGCUCGCAAGUUGCUGAGAUCUUGGAGCUUACAGCCCACAUAUCCGAGCUCCGUGACAGGCUUCACUUUACAUUGCGGCGGAAAGGUGCCAUGGCCACGACAGACUGA